AGGUCGCUUAAGCUCGCACCCGCUUCCGCUUGCGCUUGCGCUACAUGACGCCGUUAGGUUGAGUGCAGAUCACUCACUGUUGGCGGCGUAGCAGCUCAAGGGGCAGUAACCAGGACGGACAGUAACUGCCCCAGGUGCACCCGGUGCUGGUCAUCAUGUUAUCGCUGAUUGGCCGUAGAUCUCAGCUGCUGCCCCCAUCAGCCAAUCACGUCGCUCACAAUGGCAACCCGCGCCCACUGCCAGUGAUGUCAGCCCUGCCGCCAACGGCGUAUAAGUUGAUCCGCACGCCUCACCACCGCUAACUGACUGCACCACCACCACCCCACAAACACGGCACGCGCAUCCAGAAGACUCAUUCCACCCACGAUACAUCUCAGACUCGAAAACCGGUCCUCCAAGACACGCAUCUCAACCAAACACUUCACACACAAGACCUCCUUCCACCACAACCAUGUCUGCCCAAGUCACCCAGGCCACCCCCACUUGCUGCGGCAAGAAGUCGGGCGGCGAGUGCGUCUGUGCCAAGCAAGCCACCUGCUCCUGCGGCAAGCAGUCUGCCCUGAACUGCACCUGCGACAAGGCCGCCACCGAGAACGAAAUCACCGGCGCCCGCUGCUCCUGCCGCGCCCGCCCUGCCGGCCAGUGCAACUGCGACAACGCUUCCACCGAGAACAGCCCCGUCAAGGGAAGCUCGUGUGCCUGCGGUGCCCGCCCCGCCACCUCGUGCACCUGCGAGCGUGCCGCCGACUCGGGCGAGGCGUCCAACCCCAACGAGAUUGACUUUACUACUCGCAAGUAGAGAGAGACAUGCCUUGACAUUCUGAGAGUGCAGACGGGGGACAUGAAAGGGGAGGCACUGCAUACACCUCAAUUCACACAAUCACACAAUCACACAUGGCGGCGUUACACGGAUCCGGUGGGGAAAUGCAUUGGGCGGCGACGAGCAUAACGGGACUGCAGUUUUGAUACCACUGGGGGAGAAUUGACUAGGAGAGACACAGCUCCAUAGAACCAGGCGUUUUUGGCAUUCAAACAAAUCGAAUACAUUUAAUCCAGUCAGAUCAACCUAUGAAACCAUGCAGAGUUCCCAAGUAUGUCCAUCCACUGGUACCUAGGUAGUCCUGAGGAUGGGGAACCUUGCGUCACCGCCUUUGGCC